GGAGCUUGAGACGCGAAGGAAGAAAGAUGUGCGGUAGUAACGUGGAAGAAGAUAAAAUAAGAAGAAGCAGAAAGAGAAGAGAAGACUGCAGAACAUUCUGCGAGGAACCGAUUUUCCGGUCGCGCUGUUCUAUAUGUGGAAUAACAGAUGUGUUCGUCUACUGUGCUGCGGACGACAAGUUCUUCUGCCGUGGAUGCGAUAUAAGGAAACACUCCUCCUCUAACUAUUGGUCUUGGAGGCAUGUCCGCCGCACGGUUUGUACGGUUUGCCAGUGUUUCAAUAGGACUUUAAUUGUCGAAGGCUUACGCUACACUUUACCACAGUUACCCAUCCCAAUUGAAAUACCCCAUGCCGAAGUUGAAAUUAAUGAGGCGAGUCUUCUUCUUGAUUCGGAUGAUGAUUAAUACUCUGCCCUAGUUAAAACUUUGUUCUUUAUUAUAACGUUGGAAUAAAAAUAGCUUUAGGGUUUUGUCCAUGAGGGUUAUUAAAUACGACGUUGUUAAUUCUAUUUAUCAAUUGACUCUAC